AUGAUCGUUAGUGCGAUUCUAAAAGUGUACGCGCUCAAAAAGACCGUCUCUCUGUCCUCUCCAGCUGAAACCGCGGACCAGGUCCGCCGCUGCUACCGCAUCCACUUCACGCCGGUCUUCUGUGAGGUCGUGAUACUUUCCAGGACGGACCUGCCUAUUUGUGCAACAGCCGAAGCCGUUGCGUGGCCUUACCACAGU